UUGUGUAUUCACUACGUUGAAUAAAUUUAUAGAUAAAUAUACUGUUUUAUUUGUUGAUUUGUUUGUACAAUAACAUUUGCAAAUAAUGCAGAAUCAAAUUACGUAAAAUCCAAGGAGUUGCCCUUGAUUCGGCAUAAAAAAAACCGAAUAUUAAUUGGACACCCAAAAUAAACUCUCCCAUUUGGAUCAAUAGUGUUUGCGAAAUAAUCGAAUGUUCCAAAAACAAAUGUGCCACGCAUUUGAACGAAUAAAUAAACGUGUACCUUAUCGUAUCUUAUCGCUAAUUCAUGUCGAUGAUUUAAAAUAAAAAUUCAUUCGGAUUAUUUGGAUUCGCUUAUUUAGAGAAUCUAAUCAUAAAAAUACAACGAUUAGACUGUCAUUGUUACUUCCCACCAUACUGGACUGGACGCAAUUUUGGAUAAUUGCUAGUGCGUUUAAAGGAGACUUUUUUCAAUUGCUUUCUCUAUCAAUUGCUUUCUUUUACAUUGCAACAUUUUUCUUCCACGAAAGUAUUUUCUAAUGUUGGCCACUGCAUUAAGGUGCAUUGAACAGAGGUGCAAACAAAACAGCUGAAAACACAUGAAAACCAACAGAAAUUGUGCAAAGUGCCUUGUGCCAAUAUUAUACAUACAUCAUCAAUUUCAUUUUAAUUUCAACGAAUCGCAGCCACUCAAAAAGCUGUAACAUUUCAACGUAUUUCAGAUUCUCCAUCAAUCAUACUCGCACUCCAUACACAUCGAUUCACAUUUUUCUCGCAUUUGCAGAAAUCGAUUCAACAUUUUUCGUACAUAUUUUCGUUUGAAUUCGAACCAAAUCGAGAAAAUUCAUCAAAAUGAGUUUAAACACGGGAUACAUUAUGACAUUGGCCAAUAGUAUUAUUGGCGUUGGAAUUCUUGCGAUGCCAUUUUGCUUUCAAAAGUGCGGCAUUCUUUUGUCUAUUUUAUUGCUCGCUUUAAGCAAUGCAAUUACAAGACUUGCGUGUCAUUACCUCUUAAAAUCUUCGAUUAAAGCACGGCGAAAAAAUUUCGAAUUUUUGGCUUCAUAUAUUUUCGGUUCGUCUGGGAAGCUGAUGGUUGAAUUAUGCGUAAUCGGAUAUUUAAUGGGUACAUGCAUCACAUAUUUUGUUGUUGUUGGCGAUUUGGGACCACAAUUCAUCGCAAAACUAUUCAACGUGAAUAGCACAGAUUCAUUAAGAACGUUUAUCAUGAUUCUCGUAACGAUAUUCUGUAUAAUUCCAUUGUGUUUAUUGAGAAACAUUGAAAGUCUAUCGUUGAUGUGCAUCUCUUCUAUCAUUUUCUACUUCUGCUUGGUGCUGAAGAUCUUUUUCGAAUCGGAGAGUAAAAUGGUAACAAAUUCGUGGUAUAAUAAUGUAUGGUGGUGGCGACCAAGUGGCAUAACCCAAUGUUUGCCAAUCUUUAGCAUGGCAUUAUCGUGUCAAAUGCAAACAUUCGAAAUCUACGAAUCGCUGCCAAAUCAAACGAUCGACAAAAUGAAUCACAUCAUAAAAUAUGGUACGGGUAUUUGUACGAUGGUCUAUAUAUGUGUUGGUUUUUUUGGUUAUGUUGCAUUCCACGAUCAACAUUUUUCGGGAAAUGUGUUGCUAAGCCUGUCACCAUCGUUGGCCAGCGACAUCAUUCAAAUGGGUUUUGUGUUGUCGGUUGCCGUUAGUUUUCCAUUGGUGAUAUUUCCGUGCCGUGCGAGUUUGUAUUCAUUGUUGUAUCAUAGAUCACAUUCGGAUACGGCGCAUUACAUUCCAGAGCAUCGUUUCAAAUACAUAACAAUUUCAAUGGUUUUGGUUGCACUCAUCAUGGGCAUUUUAAUACCAUCGAUUGAGCUCAUCAUUGGUUUGGUUGGUUCAACCAUUGGCGUUGCAAUUUGCAUAAUGUUUCCAGCAUCGUGUUUCAUAAAAAUCAACAAGAAAAACUCCACCGAACGUCUUGCGGCUCAGUUCUUGUUGGUAUUUGGAUUUUUGAUCAUGAUACUUGGUACGUAUGCCAAUCUCGGUGCAAUCGAUGACCAACAAUCUGGUGCCAAUAUUCCAAUUGAUCGACUGCCAGACAUUCAUAUUACGCCAUCGGCAAAUGACGAUCCCUUCAUAGCGCAAGCGAAAAUUAAAGCAUUAAACAAACAAGUUGAAAUUGGACCACAAGAACCGGUAAUUGACAUCGUAUAUGAUUCAAGCGGUAAAUUAUCAAAACCACGAUCAAGAAAAACAAAACCAUCAAAAAUCACAACGCCAAGUGAAUCAAUUCGAGAAUCAAAUGCGAAAAUCGAAAAAGAUGAGUCACCGCCAAUGAAAGAUGCGAUUGAAUCGAAACACAUUGAAAGUGUUCAACAGCCAAGUGUUAAUACACUACUAAAAUCGAUCGAUGUACCAAAGCCAAAUCGCAUUGCAAGUCAAUUGAGCGAAUCGACCACCGAUAAAAAACCAUCCGAUUCGGUGAUCAAUAAUGAGGCCAUUCAACGUGAAGAGCAAGAAAUCGCAAUCAAUGCAAAAGAAAAUGUCGAUACUAAGCUUACCAAAGAAAUGUUGGACCAAGUAAAAAGUCAAUUGACCAGAGAAAAUGAGAAAAAUCAAAAAUUAGUUUUAGAGAGAAUCAAUGAAAAAAUCAACGAAAUUUCAGAAAAAGUGAAUAACAUUGCACAAAUGCAAGAUCGUUCAGCGUCCGGUACAAAAUCGAAGGAUACAUCAUUGCCGAAAAAUCAAGUACAAAAUAAAAUAUCAGCCAGUACCACCAGCAACGAUGCGCAUUUAUCAAAAAAUGAGGAAAAAAUCAAAAGUCCACCACUUCCAGUUGCCAAAUUGCUGGUCGACAGACAGUCGAGUGUAGCACCAAAUCAAACAAAUGAAAAACAAAUUGUGAAACCAGACGGCGAACAUAUAAAUGGCAUUUCGGUGAAUUCAGACAUGAAAAAACCGGCGAUUGUUACAGCAAGCAAACAAGUGCCGAAGAAGAACGAUGAUGUAUUACCACAAAAAAUUGAAAAAACAAACGAAAACAUUGGUCGAGACAUUUUGAGCAAUUCAAAUGAUUACCAGGCAGCAUCAUCGAAUAACAUUAGCAUUAAAACCGAGAAUUAGCCACCUUAAUCAACGAUCCCAAAAAAAAUAAACUUAUUUAAAAUGACUUCUCUGUCAAUGCGAUAAACUGAAAGAGAAAGAGAAAGAGAGAGAGAGAGAAUUGAUCUGCACAACCAAACAAUGGAAUUGCUUUCAAUCACCGACAAUCCUACUAAACAUAUAAUGUUUAUCGAUGUGAUGAUAAUAGUAAUAACAAACUGAAAAUCUACUUAGAAACUUUAUUUAUCGAACUGAAAAAAAGAAGAAGAAUGGUGAACGACGCAAGGAAAAAAAAGUACAAUACUAAAGGAUUUAGUAAAUAAGAGAUGUUUAUAUUCGGAAUACGGUGCACAGAGUGCAUUCACUUUCCACAUUUUAAACUUAACAUUUUGGGAGUUUUCACAUGGCACGGACAAUAAGUUGGGAACUAGAAAUUUAAUGAUGAGAAAAGAAUCGUACCUCGAAUUAAUGUGAGACUCAAUAAUCUGCGAAUUUUAUGGUGAAACCUUGAACAGAAUUAUUGAAUAGCCUUCACAUAUGUAUAUUUAACGGUAUUUCACAUAAAGCAAUGGCUAACUUAUUUAACGUUUAUGAGAAGUACAUUUGUAGCUGAUCGAAUUUAAGAGAAAUUAUAUUUAAAAAAGAAAGAAGAAAAUAAUACAAUAAAAUUGUUAAUUAUCCAAUUUAACCAAAAAAAUCUACAUGUAGCGAGGCAACAAUCACACAACUAAUUUAAAAGUGCAAAAUCAAAUACAUUUAAUAUUAGUAUUAGCUUAAAUUAAAAAAAAAAA